GUAAUGUUGUCGGUGUUUUAUAUACUUAUACGAUAACAGAAUGCUGCAUUGGUAUUUCAAGAGGUAAUACCACUCAUAUCAAUUCAAGGGUCAUUGGAAAUUGCAUUUUGAAGGCAUCCCGUGCCUUGCCAUCAUGCUGCUGCGGAUCCAGUCGCCGGAGGGCACCAAGCGCGUGGAGCUGAGGAGUGGAGCCACCACCAGCCGGCUGUUCGAAAAGGUGAAGGAGGCGUUCGAGCUGGACAGCUACGCAUUCGCCAUCUACAGGUCCCGCGGUCAGAAGGAUGAGAUCCUCUCCAGCAAGUCGAAAAAGGUGGAGUCGCUCAGGCUGCAGCACGGCGACAUGCUGUACAUGGUGCCGCUCUCCGGCGACCUGUUCCCCUCGACGUCCGCGGCGCCGGCCGCCGCUGGCGCCGAGGCCAUGGAGACACAGAGCGAGCCAGAGAGCCGGGCAUCCUCCGCGGCCGGGACAGCGUCGGUGCGCGAGAGCCGCUCGCAGACGGCGCUGGUCUCCAGGAGCGGGGUCGAGGAGGACCUGGUCGACCAGCUGCUCUGGAAGGAGGACGGCAAAAUACCCCGGAAACGAGACGAACGACUGUGUCGCCACGGCGCCAACGGCCGGUGCAUCCACUGCAGCCCGCUGGAGCCGUACGACCCCACCUACCUCAAGGAGAACAACAUCAAACACAUGAGCUUCCAGAGCUACCUGCGCAAACUCACGCACGGCGUCGACAAGGGCAAGUUCGCCGCGCUGGAGGACCUCAGCUGUAAGAUAAAGCCCGGCUGCACGGACCACCCGCCGUGGCCGAAGGGCAUCUGCUCCAAGUGCCAGCCCAGCGCCGUCACACUCAACCGACAGCCGUACCGUCACGUGGAUAACGUGAUGUUUGAGAACCCAGCGCUGGUGGAGCGGUUCCUGAACUACUGGCGCGGCACGGGCCACCAGCGGCUGGGCCUCCUGCUGGGCCGGCACGAGGUACACAAGGACGUACCGCUGGGCGUCAAGGCCACCGUGGCCGCCAUCUAUGAGCCGCCGCAGGAGAGCUCCAAGGACCACAUCCGGCUGCUGGACGACCCGCGCUCGGCACUGGUCGACGAGCUGGCCGCCGCGCUCGGGCUCAGCCGCGUCGGCUGGAUCUUCACCGACCUGAUCGCAGACGACGUGGCCAGGGGCACGGUGAAGCACCUGCGUGGCAUGGAGACGUGGUUCCUGUCGGCGCAGGAGUGUAUGCUGGCGGGUCAGCUGCAGGCGCGACACCCCAACCCCUGCCGGCUGGCGCCCUCCGGAUACUACGGAUCCAAGUUCGCCACCGUCGUGGUAUCCGGGGACCGGGAGAACCAGGUGCACAUGGAGGGGUACCAGGUGAGCGACCAGGCGGUGGCGCUGGUCAGAGACGGCUGCUACGUACCCACCAAGGACGCGCCCGAGCUGGCCUGGAUCCGCGAGUCGAGCAACAAACAGUAUGUGCCGGACGUCUUCUACAAGGAGAAGGACAAGUACGGUAACGAGGUGACGAAACUGGCGCGGCCGCUGCCCAUCGCCUACCUUCUGGUAGACGUGCCGGCCUCCACUCCGCGCGAGCCGCUCUACACGUUCCCGGUGCCGGCGCCGCCGCGCGCACCAUUUCCCGUGGAGAACAGGCUGCUGGACGGUCAGGUGCAGGACUUUUCGGCGCUGUCUGCCUACCUGCACCGGGUGACCGAGGACGAGUUUCUGGCGGCCGUCAGCGACUUCCACGUGCUCUACUACCUGGCCACCAUGGAUACCGUGCACAUCAAGGACGUGCUGCCGCCGCUGCUGUCGGCGGUGCGGCAGCAGGACCAGCUGCUGGCGCACGAGUUCUACCACAGCACCGAGUGGCAGACGGUGCUGCAGCUUAUGGACGCGGCCGGCGCGGCCGGCGCCGGCGGACCGGGCGCCCAGAUGUCGCCGGUGGCGGCGGCCGACGCCUGGGCGUGCCAGCAUUGUACGUUCCUGAACCGGGCCGAGAACGGCACCUGCGAGAUCUGCCAGCUGCCCAAAAUGUAGCCGGCCGGCCGGCGGCGCUUCACCUACAGUCAGUAGGCCAGGCUGUGGAGGAGUGAGGGAGGGCUGCCAGGGACGGCGGACCGUGUCCAAAGACCGCGCCGUCCGCACUGCGUGUACAGGGCGGACGGAGACACACCCGCGGCCGGCAGGGAUAAGAUAGGCCACACAGUCACUGGAGUCUGUGUACCCCGUGCGUACACAAUACCAACAUACGCGCGUGCAUAGUACACGGUAUAUGCAGGAAGGCCGCUGCUCGGUGAUAACCCGAGAUAGAUCGAAUUUGUGAUUGAACCACAGUGGGGCGAGCCAGCGGGUCACGCCGGCCGACUAGAGACCCGAGUUUGGAGGACCGGCCACAGGCGCACAGCGGCCGGACGGCGGUACGACUCGGCGCCGGGCGGUACCGGUACCGGACCGGGCCGGGUCGCGGGUCAGCGCGCCGCGCCGGGCCGCGGGUCAGCGCGCCGCGCCGGGUCUCAGGUCAGCGGGUCAGCGCGCCGCGCCGGGCCGCGGGUCAGCGCGCCGCGCCGGGUCUCAGGUCAGCGGGUCAGCGCGCCGCGCCGGGUCAGCGGGUCAGCGGUCCGGACCGGGUCGCGGGUCAGCGGGUCAGCGCGCCGCGCCGGGCCGCGGGUCAGCGGGUCAGCGCGCCGCGCCGGGCUGCGGGUCAGCCGGGUCAGCGCGCCGCGCCGGGCUGCGGGUCAGCGCGCCGCGCCGGGUCUCAGGUCAGCUGUCCGGACCGGGUCGCGGGUCAGCGCGCCGCGCCAGGUCUCUGAGCGCCCCGUGCCAGUGCCGCCGGCUCACCGCCCGCCAGACUGGGAUCGACGGGCCCCGCCAGACGGGCCCACAGCACGUGUUUGUCAUUUCUCAAUAAAUUAUAUCGAUA